AAGAAAUUUGUUAAAUACACUAAAGAAAUUUAACAGUAAGAAUCAGUACGAAAUUUGGGGAAUUAAACAUAUUAUUUGAAAGUAAAAGUAUCAAAUUAGAAUAUAUUAAAAAAUUUAAGAACCAAGAUGGGAUUUAACUUCCAUCUAUUAUUAAACAAAUUCACACAAAUUCUUUUCCUUUUAUUUUCUUUUCAAUUCUUACUGGAGCAGAGGGUGCUCAAAAUUGAUAGAACUUCAAGAAAAGCAUAAAAAGCACGCAAGAAGCAUUAUAUUGGAACUUCGAUAAUCUCAAAUAUAACUCCUCAUUUUCACUAUACAUUAACUUUGGUCCAUAUAGUUUAAAAUUUGUGAAAAAUCAGGUUAAUAAGUAAUAGGAAUUUGACGUGGUAGAUACCCGAAUUCCAUGUGUACAAAAACAAAGGCAUGUGUGUAGAAAACAAAUAGCCAGUAAGUCAGAUCAAAGUGGCUGUCACAUCACACACAUCUUAUCUUAACGAGAAAUUUCACAGCAUAGAUUAACUCUUUGCAAAUUUUAAACUACAUCGAUUAAAUCGUUACAAAUUAUAACCAAUAAGCAUUAUGCCAUUACAUAAGUUUGGGUACCCACACGAAAUGUGUUUUUAGGGUACCAACACGAAAACAGGCAGUCGAGGACUGUCUGGUACAGCGGAUAGCAUGUCUGCCACAAUUAUUAAGUGAAAGAUUAGGCUACUUAUUGAACUCUCUUCCUAAUCAACCUGUGUUAUUAUUUAUGCGAGUUCCUUAUGAACACUAAGAAAUUACCUAACAAGGGUCUUUGAACAGGUAUUCAUGGCAUUUCGCCAUUUCUUCUUCUUUUUCAUGGCCUUUUCUGGGUGCUGAAAAUAAUGAAGUUCCAUUUUCUGGACAGCCAAUAGAGACAUGAAAUCAAAGAGGCUCUUUAAUCAGUCCCAGUUAUCUCUGAAUCUGCCUAAAAAGACUAGCUGCUGAAAACCCUUUCAUUUUACGCUUCCCCUCACAUUCAGCCAAAAAGCCACUUCACAUGUCUUUGUUUGUAGUGAAUAGAAUAAUCAUUUUCUCUUUUCUGAUUACAGUUGGUCUAACACCAAGAACUCACGGGCACAUUAUAUGCAAUGCAAUGCAAAGCAAACAGUAUAUAGCAAACAGAUGCUUGAAAAAUUUAAGGGCUUGCCCAUUGAUAGAUGAUACUUUUUCCAACAAACUCUCACAACCUCCUCGUCCUUCUCCUUCAGUUUUCUUAUGGAUCCAGCAAUCUCUCUCCUUCUCCUACUUUCUCUAACAUCUGUCUUCUCUGAUGUCUUUGGCCUAACACCCGAAACCUCAGCUUCGGUCACUCGAAUCACGGUAGUGGGUGCGGUUUAUUGUGAUACAUGUUUAAGCAACACUUUCUCCAAACAGAGCUACUUCUUGCCUGGUGUGGAUGUCCAUUUGCAGUGCAAAUUCAGAGCAAUUGCUCCAAAAAUGGCAGAGCAGAUGAGCUUCUCAGUCAACAGAACAACAGAUAAAUAUGGAGCGUAUAGAUUGGAAAUUCCAUCUGUGGAUGGAAUUAAUUGUGUUGAUGGUAUGACAAUGCAGUCGUUUUGCCAGGCAAGAUUAAUAGGGAGCUCAUCUGAGGUCUGCAAUGUCCCAGGCUUGACGACUACAGCGGAAGAGAUAUCGGUCAAGUCUAAGCAAGAUAAUCUCUGUAUAUUCAGCUUAAAUGCUUUAAGUUACAGGCCAUUGAAGAAGGAUACAAGUCUAUGUGGGAAUAAGAAACAGGAAUCUCCAGAUCCCUUGACCUCCUCAAAGUUCUUUCUCCCUUUCUUCCCUCCUUAUGCCUUCCCUUUCCCCUUUCCUCCUCUGCCUCCACUUCCUCCAUUGCCCCCUUUUCCAUAUUUUCCUCUCCCUACUUGUCCAAACCCACCAUCUCUACCAUUUCCUUUUCCACCUUUACCUCCUCUACUUCCUUCACCUCCAAGCCCACCCGCACCCUCUCCUCCGCCUCCACCACCUCCAUUUAGUCUCAGUGAUCCUAGAACCUGGAUACCCUAU